AUGUGUCCUUCAGCCGACGAGGUUGAAUCAAACGGCGUCAACGGACAGACCAACGGCACCAAUGGUCAUGCAAAUCGCGUGAAUGGCAAUGCCAGCCACCCGGGUUACACUGGGAUCAACACAACCCCCACUCCCCGAAAUGCCAGAAAUCCUUACAUGCCUGUGGGCGACUUCCUCAGCAACGUUGGCAGAUUUAAGAUUAUCGAGAGCACAUUAAGAGAAGGCGAGCAGUUCGCAAAUGCCUACUUUGACACCGCCAAGAAGAUCGAAAUUGCAAAGGCUCUGGACGAGUUUGGUGCAGACUAUAUCGAACUCACCAGCCCUGCUGCCUCGGAGCAGUCUCGCAAGGACUGCGAGGCCAUUUGCAAGCUCGGCUUGAAGUCAAAGAUUCUCACCCACAUCCGCUGUCACAUGGACGAUGCGAGAAUAGCUGUUGAGACCGGUGUCGACGGCGUCGACGUUGUGAUCGGCACAUCAUCCUUCCUUAGAGAGCAUUCUCACGGCAAGGAUAUGACUUACAUCAAGAACACCGCUAUCGAGGUGAUCAAUUUUGUCAAGUCCAAGGGCAUCGAGAUUCGAUUUUCCAGCGAAGACUCAUUCCGAUCUGAUCUCGUCGACCUGUUGUCGCUCUACCAGGCCGUUGACAAGGUUGGUGUGAACCGGGUGGGUAUUGCCGACACUGUCGGAUGCGCUUCUCCUAGACAAGUUUAUGACCUCGUCCGAACACUACGCGGUGUUGUCAGCUGCGAUAUUGAAACCCACUUCCACAAUGACACUGGGUGUGCCAUUGCCAAUGCCUAUUGCGCCCUCGAAGCCGGUGCUACUCACAUUGAUACUUCAGUCCUCGGCAUUGGCGAGCGAAACGGCAUUACUACGCUUGGGGGGCUCAUGGCACGGAUGAUCACGGCCGAUCGCGACUACGUCAAGAGCAAGUACAAGUUGGAGAAGAUCAAGGAUAUCGAGGAGUUGGUUGCCGAAGCGGUCGCCGUCAACAUCCCCUUCAACAACCCCAUCACCGGUUUCUGUGCCUUCACCCACAAGGCCGGGAUCCACGCCAAAGCUAUUCUGGCCAACCCAAGCACAUACGAAAUAAUUGACCCUUCAGAUUUCGGUAUUGGACGAUAUAUCCAUUUCGCGUCUCGCCUGACCGGAUGGAACGCCAUCAAGUCAAGAGCACAGCAGCUCAAGAUUGAGAUGACAGACGCACAGUACAAGGAAGUCACAGCAGCCAUCAAGAGACUGGCUGAUAUCAGACCCAUUGCUAUUGACGAUGCGGAUUCGAUUAUCCACGCUUACCACCGCAAUGUCAAGCUGGGCAAGAAGAACCCCGGAAACGAGGUUGAACUGCCCAAUAUGACGGAAAAGGAAAAGAGACUGCUGGCGGAGAAGCAGCAAGAAGAUCAGGCAGUACCGGAGAAGAGGCGCUUAGAGGAGACAGUUGACGACCAGAUCGCGACUGAGCAGGUUGUCAAGAAGGCCAGAACGACGGGUGUUUCGGCAUAG